AUGUUCUACAGUCACGAAGUACUUACGUCGCGCAAGUACGGCGUUGCCACUAUUUGGCUUGUUGCUACGCUGGGCCAGAAAUCAACAGCUCGAAAGAUAAGCCGUCGAGCUAUUCAGGAUGUCGACGUGCCGAAAGCAUGCGAGACAAUAAUUGCACCAGAGGCGCCGAUGGCAUUGCGUUUGCAGAGCAAUUUACUCUUUGGCAUAUCACGCGUGUACGCACAACAGUGCGGAUACGUCCUUUCAGAUGCACAAAAUGCCCAAGCAACUAUUCGUUCUCUGCUCAAGCCGCAGAGUGGCAUGCAAACAGACUUCGAAGCAGCUAGAGCGAAUUCAGACCAAAUCAACCUUCCCGAUGACCCAGCAUUUGUCCCUGGCUUUGAUAUCGCUGCUCUACCCUGCGAUCUACUCGACCUCGAUAAUAUUGGUGCAGGAAACCAACGGCGUUUCUUCGAGAGUGCGUCUUUACAGACCACACAGAGCCAGAACCAUCAAGUCGUUGGUCUUAAUAUUCCACAAUCUUCUUCGUCACCCGGGUUGGAAGCCUUUCAACUACCAGAAAGUGGAGGCCAUGGGCCGAGAUUCAGUAGUCUAUUUGCGCGUGAUGAAGAUGACCUAAUUCUCCCUGAAAUUGAUAUUGGCAUCGAUACGGACGGCAAUUUUAUCGAACUGGACAAACCUAAUACACGUCCUACGCAUGGUUCUAGUUUUCCAUUGCUUCCCAGAGAGGCGGAUGUGCAAAAUGGCGGGCAUGUUAUUGGCCGCCCGAUUCAUCGCAACCUAGAUGCAGCACAAAUUAAUUACGAUCAAAGCUCUCCACUUGUUGAUAGUACUCUUCGAUCUCCAAAAACACCCUUUUCUUCAGGUAGCUAUCACCCGAAAUACGAUGUGUCGGAUGAUUUCAUGGAUGAAAUCAUGAUGGCUGCCCCCAAUCGCCGAAAUCGCGUACCAAAAGUUAUCCCACCAGACAAAACGAUCGAAUUGCGCAACCGUGACCUGCUAACGAUGAGCAAUGGCUACAUGGAUCGAAUGACUGCAGAUUGGAACCGACUUACGAACUUAUGGAACACAAAACAGGCCAAACUGAACGCUGAAUACUGGCUACUUGGUCGAGGUAUUGCAAACGUUGGCGAUAGAAUGGGUGUGGGAGGUAUCAAGACUCCGCUGGCAGAUAUUUGGUCAGGUGACAACCUAUACUUAGUACUUACUGGUCAGGAGCGGGCUAUGAAAGGCCGUAAGCGCACGAGAGAAUACGAUAAUAGUUCACCAGAGCGUCGUAUUCGCUCGCGGGUGCAUGAAAAUAUACCUCUCAAUCAGGGCAGCGACGAUGAAAUUAUGCGCGACUACGAGUUGGAGGUAGGACGCGAAGAACAGCAACCUCUAGAAGAUAUCUCCUCUGCUAUGCCAUGGAAUAUAUCUGCUUCGAUCCGUGGCUCUUCAGUUAACCGUACUGGAGUAGGUGCAUCUGUUGCUCCGGGUUCAAUUCCUGGUUCUCUUACUCGUCGCGGCAGCAGGUUGGUAGGCGCCUCUCCUAUGGUAUUUCGUGGUUUUCCUGGCAGCGAUUUUGCGGAAGGAAGCCUACCAAGCGAUCCUCCUGGCUUUGAUGAUAUAGGUGGUUUUGCUGAGGACAAAAAUUCGGAGCUAUAUCGCGCUCAUACCAAAGUUGGCACUCCAGUUGCCAGUCGAAGCAUAUUUCCUCUAGCAACCCUUGACCGCGAAAGCAACAAUUUCCUCGAGUUUAUUGGCAACGCCGUUGAAGAGAAGUGUUCGAAAGUCCAAGCUUCUGACUCGACAGCUGCGCGUAUAAUGGAGAUUGAGUUUGCGGAGCUGCUACCUCCUCACAGGAACUCUCGUGUCGUGGCGGCUCACGGCCUGCUUCAUGUUCUUUCUUUAGCAACUAAAAAUCACAUCAGUGUUACACAGCUAGGGCCGUUCGCGCCCAUCGUCAUUGAGAUUUGCUGA